ACAUUAAGUAUAAUACGUCUUUCAGAUCACAGGAAAGAUGGACCUAUGUUAAUUUUGUCAGGGUGUUUUAAAAAAAAUGUUGCCAAUUGGUUAUUGACUAAUCCUAUUUUAGAAACAAAGGGAGGAAUGGUGACUUUCAGAAGCGUUGGUACUAAGAAAGGACGAAACUCUUGAUAUUGCAACCACAAGACUUACUCCUUUAAAGUGUUCUUUGUUAAUGUCUUUUUUGAAAGGUCAGCUUGUUUUUAAUGGAGCUUGGUGAAGUUACUUUGUGUUGUUGUUUGACAGAUUCACACAGAAUUAUUGAAAAAAAAAAAAAAAGCAGUGAUCCAAGCAGUUGAGUUGAAGGCAUUCUGGAGAAACCUGCUGUUUAUGGUGAAAAUCGUCCUUGAUCUUAAAAUUAAAAGUAAAGCUGGAAAGGAAUUUACAAACGAGAAAAAAAAGAAGUUUGGGAUCGGACUCACAGGAUCUGGGCUUGGAAAUGCCUCAGCCUAGUGUAAGCGGAAUGGAUCCGCCUUUUGGGGAUGCCUUUCGAAGCCACACCUUUUCAGAACAGACUCUGAUGAGCACAGAUCUUUUAGCAAACAGUUCAGAUCCAGAUUUCAUGUAUGAACUGGAUAGAGAGAUGAACUACCAACAGAAUCCUCGAGAUAACUUCCUUUCUUUGGAGGACUGCAAAGACAUUGAAAAUCUGGAGUCUUUCACAGAUGUCCUGGAUAAUGAGGGUGCUGUAACCUCAAACUGGGAACAGUGGGAUACAUACUGUGAAGACUUAACAAAGUAUACCAAACUAACCAGCUGUGACAUCUGGGGAACAAAAGAAGUGGAUUACUUGGGUCUUGAUGACUUUUCUAGCCCUUACCAAGAUGAAGAGGUCAUAAGUAAAACUCCAACUUUGGCCCAGCUUAAUAGUGAGGACUCUCAGUCUGUUUCUGAUUCCCUUUAUUACCCUGAUUCACUUUUCAGUGUCAAACAAAAUCCCUUGCCCUCCUCAUUCCCUGGUAAAAAGAUUGCAAGCAGAGCAGCUGCCCCUGUGUGUUCUUCUAAGACUCUUCAGGCUGAGGUCCCUUUGUCAGACUGUGUCCAAAAAGCAAGUAAACCCACUUCAAGCACACAAAUCAUGGUGAAGACCAACAUGUAUCAUAAUGAAAAGGUGAACUUUCAUGUUGAAUGUAAAGACUAUGUAAAAAAGGCAAAGGUAAAGAUCAACCCAGUGCAGCAGAGCCGGCCCUUAUUGAGCCAGGUUCACUCAGAUGCAGCAAAGGAGAACACCUGCUACUGUGGUGCAGUAGCAAAGAGACCAGAGAAAAAAGGGAUGGAGCCUCUUCAGGGUCAUGCCACUCCAGCUUUGCCUUUUAAAGAAACCCAGGAACUAUUACUCAGUCCCCUGCCCCAGGAGGGUCCUGGGUCAAUUGCAGCAGGAGAGAGUAGCAGCCUUUCUGCCAGCACGUCGGUCUCAGAUUCAUCCCAGAAAAAAGAAGAGCACAAUUAUUCUCUUUUUGUCUCUGACAACAUGGGUGAACCGCCAACCAAAUGCAGUCCUGAAGAAGAUGAGGAGGAUGAGGAGGAUGUUGAUGAUGAGGACCAUGAUGAAGGAUUUGGCAGCGAGCACGAACUUUCUGAAAAUGAGGAGGAGGAAGAAGAGGAAGAGGAUUAUGAAGAUGACAAAGAUGAUGAUAUUAGUGACACUUUCUCUGAACCAGGCUAUGAAAAUGAUUCCGUGGAAGACUUGAAGGAGAUGACUUCAAUAUCCUCUCGGAAGAGAGGGAAAAGAAGGUACUUCUGGGAGUAUAGUGAACAACUCACACCAUCACAGCAAGAGAGGAUGCUCAGGCCGUCUGAAUGGAACCGAGACACCUUGCCAAGUAAUAUGUAUCAGAAAAAUGGCUUACAUCAUGGAAAAUAUGCAGUAAAGAAGUCACGGAGAACUGAUGUAGAAGACCUGACUCCAAAUCCUAAAAAACUACUUCAGAUAGGCAAUGAACUACGGAAACUGAAUAAGGUGAUUAGUGAUCUGACUCCAGUCAGUGAGCUUCCCUUAACAGCCCGGCCAAGGUCAAGGAAAGAAAAAAAUAAGCUGGCUUCCAGGGCUUGUCGGUUAAAGAAAAAAGCCCAGUAUGAAGCUAAUAAAGUGAAAUUAUGGGGCCUCAACACAGAAUAUGAUAAUUUAUUGUUUGUAAUCAAUUCCAUCAAGCAAGAGAUUGUAAACCGAGUACAGAAUCCAAGAGAGGAGAGAGGACCCAACAUGGGGCAGAAGCUUGAAAUCCUCAUCAAAGAUACUCUUGGUCUCCCAGUUGCUGGACAAACCUCAGAAUUUGUUAACCAAGUGUUAGAGAAGACUGCAGAAGGCAAUCCCACUGGAGGCCUUGUAGGACUAAGGAUACCAACAUCAAAGGUGUAAUCAGCUUCAUUGGACCACUGGUCAGAAAUGUCUGUGUUUGUCGCAUUAUUCAUUGUAAAUUUUCAUUCUGUUUUGCAUGUCAGUUUAGCAUUAUGUAAACAUUUACAAUUAGGUUACAUUGUUUUAAGAACAAAAUAGCAUAAGUGAAGCAUGAUCCAAAAUACUUGAUUAUUGCAUUUUCAGAGCAUAAACCAUUUAAAACUGCUACUGGCAUCAGAAUUGAAACUCAUACAUUUAAGUAAAUGUUUAGAUACAGAUUGCAAAAACCUGUUAAAGCAAAACAUUUUGGAGGAGUGAAGAUAUUAGUAAAUGCCAAAUAUUGUGGCAGGUUUAUGCUCUGAACCACAUUAAAAAAUUGAGGAAGCAUUUUUUCAAACAGUCAGUUUAGAUUGUUUUUAGAAUUAUUGCUUUUUGUUCUAAUUUUCCACAACCUUUAAUCUCACUUGUACAUGGCACAACCCAGCACUCAUGCCCGUGUGCCAUAUUAGAUGUUCAUUUUCCGAGCUCAAUAUGGUAUAUAUAAAUAUAUAUAUAAGUAUAUAUAUAAUGUCUGUGCAAGUAAGAAAAAAAAGCAUAUUCUUUGUGCCUUGUAUUUUGGGGAAACUAUAAAACUGGUAAUAUUUUGUAUGAUGAAAACCCUAAUGAGGAAAAACAAGAUAUAUAGAUGGAAAAAUUAUGGGGUUUAAAUGUUUUUUUGUUCCAACUCUUUUUCAAAUUUUUUGAAUGUAUAUAAGACUAUGUUGAAAUGUAGAUAUAUGCCACAGAGUCUGUGUAUUGUAUAAAAAACAAAACAAAAAAACAAAAAAAAGAUGGCUCUAGAAAACUCAUAUUUCGGUACUUGACCGGAAGAAGACAAAUACUUGCACAUUAUUGCGAUUGUUUUAUUUUUUGUACCAAAGACAAAUGCAACUGAUAUGGCAAACUGCCAGUCUAAGUAAAGUUUUGCACAGCUUACAUGAUACUGUAUGAAUGUAUGAAAAAGAGAAAAAAAAGAAAAAUGAAAAGGUCAGGGUUAGGGAUCUUACUGAACUGUGAAUUUUAUUUCUGUUUGGGUCCAAUUAUCUACAGAAGGAGCAUCCACACAUACAAAUAUUAUUUUGCUGUUCCUCUAGUUCGCUUCCAUAGUAGAUAAGUUGGUGGCCAUUUAGGUGUCUGUAAGUCUUUUUAUUUCUGCACUUACGUAGGAAAUUUUAAUAUAUUUCAUUUUAGUAAGCUAUUGGUAAACAGUUUUUGACCUUGAAAAUUAAAAAGUUUAUUUAGCUUAUUGUAGUAUACUUCCACCAAACAACCAAAAUACAGAUUAUUUUUAUUGUAUUAUGUAUAUAUAUAUGUAAAGAAAGAAAAAAGCUAAAAAUAUCUAAUUCUUUAGUUGCCACUUUUCCAAUUGAUGUAUUAUUGUGCAUGUAAUAUUUUCAAAGAUCAACACAAGCUUAAAACAAAAAAAAAAAUUUAUAGAUUUUUAUAUUUUUGUACAGGUAUUUUCAAACUAGCUUCUUCAAACUUACAUGUGACUUAUUCUUCUUCUAUAGUUUCUAGAACUGAGAAAUAUUAACACAUUUAGUUUUUAGGUGCUCUUUUUUGCUCACAUAAAACAGCUUCAUUAGUCAGUGUUUUAACUAUGUUAAAGCUUUACCUCUUAAUGAGAAAUUUCUUGUGUCAAGGCAACAUUAUAAACCUUCCCCACAGAUCUUUCCAUCCUGUCUCUCUUACUGUUUUAUUUUCAGAUCUUGUGUUUUGAACUCUGAAAACUGGUGGCUUAAAAACUAUACUUUAAAAAAAAUCCUAUCUAGCCAGAAAAAAAAUACCAAAAAUUUCAGACCUAGCUGCUGGGAAAGUAUCUGUUUCUCCAACUAUUUCUCCAUUACCCCUUGGAGAAUUUAUUCUUUAAUUCCAUUUUGUCUAUAUAGUGUGUUUCCUUUUCUUUUACUUCCUCCUCAACGCCCCCCUCCCCAUUUGUAAGCGAUAGCACCUGAAGCUAUAGCU